UGUGCUUCUUUAUUUAUUUAUUUUUUCUGAGCUCGAAGUAGCAAAAAUCACUCCUAUAUCCCGAUUAAUUGCAAUCUUGGUCGAGUUUCGAAGUUAAUCUCGAUUACUUCUCUCACCUGAAUUGCUUAAUUUUCUUGCCACAAAAGGGUCAAUUGCUUAAUUUCCGUCAAUUCAGAGUCUUUCUCUUUUGCUUGUUAGGUUUUAAUUUUUUGUUGGUUCUUCCGCCGAGCUAUUGUAGUGAUUCUCCUUGAAUUGUCAACUGUAAGAUAGGAUUCUCGCUAGGUGUCAUCCGUCUCUGUGGUAUUGUAAACUUCACAUCAGUCUUGUGAUGGUAGUCUGGUAGAUAGUUGAGAGCCUAUCUCUCUGGUAGAAUCUUCUCCGUGAUGGAUUGUCGAGUUUCACGUGGACAUUAUGAUAUUAGGGUCUGAAGGCUUUUGUUUAGUCUCAAUUUUGGAUGCCAUUACUAAAAAGAAAUGAAUGCUGGUUACUAGCUUAUUUUUCCUGCUAAAAGAGAUGGCAACAAAUACCAUGAUUAAUGUUUCACUUGUUCCGGCUUCAGAAUUACUUGAUCGGAUAAUAGAGACGAUAGCCGAGACUGCAGAGGCUGCUAAGGAUGUGCUUGUUGAGAAGGAAGGUUUUGCAAAGCUGUCGAGUUUCUUGGAAAAGGUUGUUCCUAUCCUAAAAGAAUUGACCAAGAAGAACAUCAGUAACUCUGAGAGCCUAAAUAAUGCCAUUGAAAAUUUCGAUCGGGAGGUCAAAGCUGCGAAGCAGCUAGUUCUGGAGUGCAGAAAGAGAAACAAAGUCUAUCUCUUUCUCAAUUGCCGGAGAGUAGUGAAGCGUUUAGAGCAAACUACGAGAGAGAUCAGCCGGGCUCUGAGCUUUAUCCCUUUGGCAUCACUAGAUCUCUCAUCUAGUAUAAAUGAGGAUAUCAGCAACCUAUGUGACAACAUGCAGAGGGCAGAGUUUAAGGCAGCUGUAGCAGAGGAAGAGAUAUUGGAGAAAAUUGAAUUGGGUAUAUUAGAGAGAAAUGUUGAUCGUACUUACGCAAACAAUUUGAUGGUUCUCAUUGCUGAAGCUGUUGGGAUAUCAACUGAACGCUCAGCACUGAAGAAGGAAUUUGAAGAUUUCAAAAGAGAAAUAGAAGACACGCAGGUGAGGAAAGACCAGGCCGAGGCUAUACAAAUGGAUCAGAUCGUUGCAUUGCUUGAAAGAGCUGAUGCCACUUCAUCCCCUAGGGAAAAAGAGAUGAAAUACUUCACCAAGAGGAAGUCUUUAGGUAAUCAGCCAUUGGAACCUCUCCAGUCAUUUUAUUGCCCAAUCACUCGAGAUGUUAUGGUGGACCCUGUUGAGACCUCCUCUGGACAGACAUUCGAGAGAGAUGCAAUUCAGAAGUGGUUUGCAGAUGGGAACACCAUUUGCCCCCUAACCAUGAUCCCCUUAGACACAGCAAUUUUACGGCCCAACAAAACUCUACGGCAAUCAAUUGAAGAAUGGAGGGAUAGAAACAUCAUGAUUACAAUUGCUUCCAUGAAACCCAAACUCCAUUCAGAUGAUGAACAAGAAAUUCUUCAUUCCUUGGAACAACUGCAGGAUCUUUGCAUGGAGAGAGACUUGCACCGAGAAUGGGUGACACUGGAGAACUACAUACCAAUUCUUAUUGGAUUGUUAUCCACAAAAAAUCGUGAGAUAAGGAACCAUGUUUUAGACAUCCUUUGCAUACUGGCAAAGGAUAGUGAUGACACUAAGGAAAGAAUUGCUGAAGUGGAAAAUGCAAUUGAAGCUAUUGUGCGAUCCCUUGCUCGUCGUAUUAGUGAAAGUAAGCUUGCUGUGGCAUUGCUGUUGGAACUUUCAAAAAGUAAUAUGGUACGUAACUACAUUGGGAAAGUACAGGGAUGUAUACUCCUCCUGGUGACUAUGUCAACGAGUGAUGACACUCAAGCUGCCAAAGAUGCAAAGGAACUCUUGGAGAAUCUUUCAUUCCUUGAUGAAAAUGUUGUACAAAUGGCCAAGGCAAAUUAUUUCAGGCCUUUGUUGGAGCGCCUUUCUUCAGGGCCAGAAGAUGUCAAGAUGAUCAUGUUGACCACUCUGGCAGAAAUGGAGUUGAGUGACCACAAUAAAUUGACUUUGUUUGAGAAUGGAGUACUGAAGCCACUUCUUCACUUGGUCACAAAUGGCAACGAGGAGAUGAAGAGAGUUUCUGUUAAAGCUAUUCAGAAUCUUUCCACUUUACCAAGGAAUGCCUUGCAGAUGAUUCAGGAAGGUGCAGUGGGUCCACUACUUGACCUACUCUACCGUCAUAAUGCAUCCAUGAUUUUGCGAGAACAAGUAGCAUCAACCAUCAUGAACCUUGCGAUAUCAACAGCGAAACAAGAAGCCAAACAGACAGAAGUGACACUACUUGAAUAUGAUGAAGACAUUUUCAAACUCUUCUCCUUGGUCAACUUGACAGCACCUACUAUACAACAGAAGAUACUGAGGACCUUUCAUGCUAUGUGCCAACACCCAUCUACAAUAGACAUAAGGUCUAAACUUAGACAGUGCUCGGCCAUUCAAAUGUUGGUUCAAUUUUGUGAGGUUGAUGAUAUUGCUCUACGAGCAAAUGCUUUAAAGCUGUUCUUCUGCUUGACGGAAGAUGGAGAUGAUGGCUCGUUGUCAGAAUAUGUGGACCAGAGGUGCAUUGGGACCUUGAUCAGGAUCAUCAGAGAUUGUCAUGAUGAGGAAGAAAUUACUGCUGCUCUGGGUAUUAUCUCCAACCUUCCAAUGAAGAACAUCCAAAUCACCCAGUGGCUUCUAGAUGCUGAGGCACUUCCAGUAAUUUUCAGGUUCCUAACUAAUGGAAAAUUUAAUGGAUCCUAUAAAAACGAUCUAAUAGAGAAUGCAGUUGGAGCAACAUGCCGCUUCACUGUAUCAACAAAUCUGGAGUGGCAGAAGAGAGCAGCUGAAGCUGGCAUUAUCCCAGUGCUAGUACAACUGCUAAGCUCUGGAACUGCUUUGACAAAACAACAUGCGGCCACUUCCCUUGCCCAGUUCUCAGAGAGUUCAGUUAGGUUGAGUAGGCCAAUCAAGAGACAUAGGGGGCUCUGGUGCUGCUCACCACCACCUGAAGUUGGCUGCCCAGUGCACAUGGGCAUAUGUACAGUUGAGUUAUCAUUUUGCCUUGUCGAGGCUGGAGCUGUGCAACCCCUAGUAACUAUACUUGGAGAAUCAGAUUUUGGAGCCUCCAAGGCUUCUUUACAGGCAUUGUUGACACUGAUUGAUGGUGAAAGACUGCAGAGUGGUAGUAAGGUGCUUGCUGAAGCAAAUGCCAUUCCACCAAUUAUUAAGUUAUUAGGCUCCCCUUCUACUGAAUUGCAGGAAAGGGCUCUUCUUGCUUUGGAAAGAAUAUUCCGGUUGAUAGAAUUCAAACAAAAGUACGGAGCAUCAGCUCAGAUGCCUUUAGUUGACUUAACUCAGAGGGGAAACAGUACUACAAAACCUUUGGCAGCACGGAUUCUUGCACACUUGAAUGUACUUCACGAGUCAUCAUCUUAUUUUUAGGAGUGUGGAAAAUGAAAAGUUUCAGCCAAUUUAAGUUGAAAAGGGAAUUCAAGGAAUGAAGCAUAUGCAGUGAUAUGGGAAUUAACCUUUGGAGUCAGCAACGAAUUAGGUGGGUGUUUCUACUUUAAGUGAUUGGUACAAACUUCCCAUCCUAAAGAAGCAUGGAAAAGGAUACAUUUCUUAUACUAAAAAUAGGGAUGCUCUUCUCUUAUUAGUUAAUUAUGUAAGGUCAUUGAUUUUUUUGGCUUGUAAAGAAAAUCAAUAAGAGGUCAGAUAACCAAAAUAUUCAUAAUAAGGCCAAGGGUCGAGGCUGUAUAGGCGGAUUUGUGAGUGCAAUCAAGGUUUUGAUCACUGGAGUUGAAUUAGUUUCUUUUCUUUUUUUUUUUGGGUGAUUUACGAGAGAAUAUCUUUUAAUCUCAUUAAAGACAGCAGGGUGCUGUUUUUAUUUUAGUGAUAAGGUCUCAACUUUCCGUCUAAUUUAGGACUUAUUUGUUGA